AUGGAGUCAUCAUAUCUUCAAAAGUGCCUGGGGACAUGCCUGACUCAAGGUCUCGCUGAAGUGGCAAGAGUCCGCCCAUUGGAUCCAAUAGAAUAUUUAGCCUUGUGGAUUUAUAAGUACAAGCAAAAUGUGAUCAUGGAGCAAUUGAGACAGAAAGAGAUGAUUGAGUUGGAGCAUGAGAGAGAAUUAGCACUGAUGGAGCAGGAAAUGCUGGAGCGACUCAAAGCUGAGGAACUCUUAUUUCAGCAGCAACAGCUGGCAUUCCAGCUGGAGUUGGAGAUGCAAGAAAAAGAGAAGCAGAAGAUAGAAGAACUCCAGAGAGCUCAAGCAGAAAGUUUCCUUAAUGUGGUAAGCACAGAAAGUGGGGCUAAGGGUGAUGAGUCCCUACAGCAAGAGGACUCAAUGAUGGACUCAGGCAAAACCCUAGCUGAAAUCAGUGAUCGCUACGGAGCACCUAACUUGAGCAGAGUGGAAGAGCUUGAAGAGCCAUUGUUAUCUGAUGUUGCAUUAAACAUUGAUCAAGAUUUGUAG